AAAAACAAUAUGGUGUGAAUGAUCCCAAACAAGAAACGAGAAGCCAUAGGCAAGGGAGCAGCUUAAAUCUUUUGGGUUUCAUUGCUGUGUUAUUUAAGCUUUUGAUUGAGGCCAUUUUGUUGUCUGAGCAGGAAUAUUAUGUGAAGAGUACACAACAGCGUACACAACAGGACAUGACCAACCAAGGGACCAACUAGGCUGCUUUAGGUUAUAGUUCCACUUUUUCUGAGCUUGUGCUCAGACCAUUUGAAUCCUAUGUAUUCUACUCUGGUGUGAUUCGUGCAGAAUAGGAAACAAAAAGUCACAAAGUACACAAGGGCAGCAUGUCUGCUUCAGAACAACUGCCAGACCUUUCAAGCUUCGAAACAAGUGAUACCAGAAGCCAAGAAUGUGUCUCCAGGCGCUUAUCAGUAGUAUCAGAAUUCCCAUUUGUACAACAGCAACUGUUCAGACUCUUUGAUAUCAUCCCAGGAUUGGAAGCCUGUGAAACCUAUCAAGGACUUUACAGCAAACGUGUAUAUGCAAUGAUUCAGUAUAGUAAUGUUGCAUCAGCUAUAUAUGCCAAAAACAGACUCAAUGGUUUUGAAUAUCCUUUUGGGAACCAUCUGCUUGUCACUUUUAUUGAAGAUGAGACUGAUGAAAUUGACCUCAUCCAUGAAAUGGCAACAGACCUGGUGAAUUCAGAGCUGUCAUCAGCAAUAUUGAAAGAUGAUUCAGUUCUUCAGCUUCUAGGCUCCUCUGAGUCCCAGUUUCCUUCCCCUUCUCUCCAAACAGAUGCUGCUCUCCCAUCAUGCAAAAGGAAAGCUCCCCGUGACUCUUCUGUGCGGGAAAGGCUUUUCAUCCUAUUUCAUCCUUAUCCCUUACCUCAAGAUGUCUUGGACAAUGUAUUAAGCCGGUUUGGAAGUUUUAUAAAUGCUUACAUUAUCCCUGGGGAAAAUAUGGCUUUUGCCAUGUUUGCAGAGAGAGCAAGUGCUAGCGACGCUAUAGCUGUAUUACAUGGGAAGACUGUGAAUGGUGUGAAGUUGAAGGUGAAACUGGCUGAUUUGCCCAUAGAGAAUUCAAAUAAAAGCUAAAUGAUGUUGUGACCAAGCAA